AUGUCGAGCUCGUCAGCACAGCAGCCUGCUCCGGGCCAGAAGCAGCCCCAGGCCGACCUCCAGGCCACCUAUUCCAACUACAAGAAUACUCUACAGCAGGUCGCUCAGAGGAUCGGUGACAUCGAGCAGGAGGCUGAGGAGCACAAGCUCGUCUUGGAAACUCUGACCCCUCUCGACGACAACCGCAAGUGUUUCCGCCUCAUCAACGGCGUGCUCGUCGAGAGGACCGUCAAGGAGGUCAUCCCGGCCCUCAGGACGAACCAGGAAGGUCUGAGGAAGGUCCUGGACGAUCUGGUGAAGCAGUACAAGGUGAAGCAGGAUGAGCUUGAAAAGUGGAAGAAGAAGCACAAUGUUCAGGUUGUCAGGCAAUAA